GGAGCCGCGCCCCGGGAGCGGAGCAGCGGGCACCCCCCCCCCGGGCGCUCUCCCUCUCCCCUCGCACCCCGGCCCUUCACGGCGCCCCCGGGAGCGCUGGGCCCGGCCCGGCCCCGGCCAUGCUCGGCCUGGAUGUGUGCGAGGCCGGCGGGCAGCUCCUGGAGCUGCUGUGGCUGGCGCUGUGCUACCGAGACAUCAUGGCUGACAAGGAGGGGGUGACGCUGUCGCUGGAGGAGGAGGACGAUGCCGACGUGGCCCUGGCGUACAAGACGCCGGAGAAGAAGAGCCUGCAGGAGAUCCAGCAGCUGGACCCGGGGGAUGAGAGCCUGCGGAAGUACAAGCAGGCACUACUGGGCACCAUCCCUGUGGCCGUGGAUGCCAGCGUGCCCAACGUGCAGGUGACGAAGCUCACCCUGAUGUGCGAACAGGCGCCAGGGCCCAUCACCAUGGACCUUACAGGAGACCUGGAGGUACUGCAGAGCCGUCCCUUUGUGCUGAAGGAAGGGGUGGACUACAGGGUGAAGGUGUCCUUCAAGGUGAACAGGGAGAUCGUCUGCGGGCUGAAGUGCCUGCACCUCACGUACCGCCGCGGCCGGCCGGUGGACCGCGACGUCUUCAUGGUGGGCAGCUACGCGCCGCGGGCCGAGGAGUAUGAGGUGGUGACGCCAGCUGAGGAGGUGCCCCGGGGCCGGCUGGUGCGCGGCUCCUACCGCGUCCGCUCCCUGGUCACCGACGAUGACAAGACGGAGCACCUCUCCUGGGAGUGGGGCCUGUGCAUAAAGAAGGCCUGGGAGGACUGA